AUGCCUAUGCUCCUCUCCCUCCAUCUUUUUCUAAAGUGCCCCGCGCUUCCUCGCUAUUUUCCCCUUCUCCGGCACGGGGCAGUUUACUGGGUAUAUUGCCCUUUUGACCGGAAGUUAACCAAAGAUAUUGGAGCGUCAUUACUCACCCAAAACAAUUCCACCCAUUCGGUCUCUAUCAUGGAUUGCGAAGAUCGGCGAAUCCACGCCAUGAUAGAGCACCCUCGCAAGCAAUUUCCUUUGAGAAACGACACAUAUCAAUUAGCAUCUUGGAGAUUUGGAUGGUUGUGGAGAGGCAAAAGCAUUCAGCAGCCACUGAAAUAG